AUGGCUCGCUCGCUUCCAAAAUGCGUCGACACGUUGAUCAUUGGCAACGGGCCAUCAGCGCUCGUCCUCUCCUACAUCCUACACGGCCAUAUCCCAUACUACGUCGGCGGCCAUCAUGACGCGAUUCUCGACGCGAAACUGCAGAAAUCACCCAAUCUGCUCCACCUAACACCGGAUCUCUACGCGCAUUUCCUGUCGUCUCUACGCUACUCGACCCAAGCGCUGCCGGUCAACACGCUGCUCGACACUCUCGUCCGACCCAAUGCUGAUACCGAGCUGAACCCCAAGUCCUGCAUCGAGUGGCGGUACGAGCCUGAGAAGGCUAUUCCACAUGUUGCGAUUGGGGAAACAGCCCAUGCAGGUGGGCAAUGGGCAGAGAAUCCCGUCUCUGCAAGCGCAGACAUUGGCACGUUGAGCUAUGCGGAACAGUUGAGCCUCCCUGGCUAUUCGUACGCAGACCACUUGGCUAAGAGCGGAAGAGGAGACGAAGCCGAGUUCGUGCGGCCUUCGAGGGUCGAGGUUGCCGACUACCUAAGGACAUACCCGGAGGCGGUGGGCAUAGCCGAUAGCAUAUACACGGGGCUGAAGGUCGAGCAUGUGCAUCGAACGGUGCGCGGCUUUUCCAUCGGAAGUCUUGGGAUUCGGUGCAAGCAUCUCGUGCUUGCGUCUGGCAUCUUUACAGUUAACAUCCCGCCUCCACUUCACCUUGCGCCCAUCGCACAGAUGGAUUCGCAACAAGCGCCACUACUCGUUAUUGGAUCCGGAUUCUCUGCGGCCGAUGUUAUCAUAUCUGCGCCGCCUACUCGUAGGAUCCUACACGUCUUUCAAUGGGCCCCCGAAAAGAGGCCGUCCCCAUUACGAGGCUGCCACCACACCGCUUACCCAGAGUAUGCGACCGUUUACCGCCAAAUGAAGCUUGCAGCGAUUACAUCCAAGAAGAAGAAUGCAAAAUCUCCUUCUGUACGGCGCAAGUCGAAUCCAUUUCAACAACGCGACUGGACGCUCUACGAAGGCCUGCCCAAUGCCGAGGUUGUCAGCGCAUCUGUGUCCGGGAAUGUAGCAACCAUAGUACUACAACUGCCGUCAGGAGAAACCGUCACCCACGAAGUAGGCGGUCUAGCUUAUGUUGUUGGCCGACGCGGAACCUUGGAUUUUCUGUCCCAAGAACUAUGCGCUGAGAUUCUAGCUUCGCCCGACCAAAUGAGUUCCGGCCCAUCUUCCGCGCAUCUGAUCUCAGGCCGAACAUUCCGCGCCAAAGCCGAAGCUACGUCCCUCGAAGUAGCUAGAGACGUCUUCAUAAUUGGUAGUCUUACUGGUGAUUCUCUCAUCAGACACGCAAUCGGUGGUUGCGUCUUCGCUGCUGGUCGAAUUUUGGGUGCCAUACCAACUAUUUACUCUCCUGACAGUACUCCCUCGCCUACUUCUUCAACUCCUCGAUCUGCAUCACCAGUAUCUACGUCUGAUACUGAAAUCGCUGCUGAAGAUAUGCAGGCUAGUCCGCGGAAAGAGAAGAGCGGAAGGCGUACACCGGGCGAAUUGACGAAUGGGCAUGCAGAUUUGCACCUUGAUCGGAGGAAGCUUGUAAGGUCGGUGGAGACGGCGAAUGCAGAGAAUAGAUAUUGGGUUGACUCUGGUUGGUGGGCUGGUGGACUGGGCCCGGGGAGGAGUUGA